AUGAGUAUCCAAAGUAACUUGCAAGAAAUCGCUUCAAAUGCAGACCACAAGGUCAAGAGUGAAAAGUAUAAGGCUUUGUUGAGUCAACUCAUCGAAUCAAAGGAUCUUGAAAGUUUAAAGACUUUUGUUGUACAUUUAACUGAUGAACAAACUCCAUUGGUGAUUUCAAGAAGUAUAUUAUCAGCAUUGGCACAAGCCAUCAAGACAUUGGCAACCGAUGCACAAACUACAGUCAGUAUUCAUGUACUCGAACGUACACAAGACAGAGUUGUAGCCUUUGAAGAACAAGUCUCUGAAAUUAGAUACAAUCUUGCCAAACGAUAUGAAGCACAAGAGAACUGGAGAGAAGCUGCAAAGUGUCUCAUUGCUAUUCCAUUAGAUAGUAGUCAAAGAGUAAUUUCACCAGAAUAUAAAGUAAAGAUUUAUGUAAAGAUUGCAAGAUUAUUUUUAGAGGAUGAAGAAUCGGGACAAGCCGAAACCUAUAUCAACAGAGCAUCGGAUUCUAUCCAUCAAGUAAAGAAACAAAAGCUCAUCUUGGCACACAAGACUUGUUUUGCUCGUAUCAUGGAUUACAAGCGUAUGUUUUUAAAGGCUGCCAUCAAAUAUUAUGAAUUGUCUCAAAUCCUCCCAGGUGAGAACGAUCGUUCAUAUGCUUUGGGUUGUUCCAUCAUUUGUGCUAUCCUGGACAAGGCCGGUCCACAAAGAUCUCGUAUGUUGGCCACUUUGUACAAAGAUGAAAGAAGUUCACAAUCAGAUCUUCAUCCAAUUUUAGAAAAGAUGUUUUUAGAAAGAGUAUUACGUAAAGUUGAAGUUAAAAAGUUUGCAGAACAAUUGAAACCACAUCAAAUGGCUGUAUUGAGUGAUGGAAGCACUGUAUUGGAUAGAGCUGUGAUUGAACACAACCUCUUGUCUGCUAGCAAACUCUACAACAACAUUACAUUUGACGAACUUGGAUCACUUUUAGAAAUCCCACCCGAAAAGGCUGAAAAGGUUGCCGCUAAAAUGAUGCAAGAGGAGCGUAUGAAGGGCUCCAUCGAUCAAAUCGACAGAUUGAUCGAGUUUGAAACAAUUGGUGAUUGUCUUUCACAAUGGGACCACAAUAUUGAAAGUGUCUGUCUUCACAUUAAUUCAAUUACUGAAUAUAUUUCAAAGAUUAAUCCAGAAUAUUCAGUGUAA